AUGGAAAUACCAACUGUUCAUUUGGGUCAUACAGAUGUUAGAAUCACCAGAAUUGGUCUAGGCUCAAUGCCAUUGUCAAUCUAUGGCCGACCGAUACAAGAAAAUGCAAUUAAUGUUAUUCAUCGUACACUUGACCUUGGAAUAACAUUGAUUGAUACAGCAGAUGCCUAUUGUUUAGAUGAAAACGAUAAAAAUUAUAGUGAAUUAUUAAUUUAUGAAGCAUUACGAACAUAUCAAGGACCAGCCAAUAUCAAUCAUAUCAUAAUAGCUACUAAAGGAGGCCUUGUUCGUCCAGGUGGCGCAUGGCAAACCGAUUUAAAUCCGUCUCGUCUUCGUCAAGCCAUAAGAAAAAGUUACGAAAGUCUUGGAGGACAAAGCCCCAUUCCAUUAUGGCAAAUUCAUAAUUGCCCACAAGAUGAUAAAUAUACUUUAAAAGAAAUUUUCGAACCCAUACGUGAAGCUGUUGAGUUAAAAUUAAUUCAAUAUGUCGGCGUAUCAAAUUUCAGUGUUGAACAAAUACAAGAAGCACAAACAUAUGUUGAAAUUCAAUCUGUACAAAAUGUUUUCAGUCUAUUCAAACGUCAAGCUGAAACAGAUGGAGUUUUAAAAUAUUGUGAAGACAACGGUUUAACAUUUCUAGCUUAUUCGCCGAUGGGUGGCCGGAGAAAACACAAAAAAUUAAAUAAAGAAAAAUUACUUAUAAAUUUAGCACAAAAAUAUCAGUGUUCAACUUAUUGUGUUGUUCUUGCAUGGAUUUUGUCAAAAUCUAAAUGUAUUGUGCCAAUACCUGGUGCUAGUAAAAUUACAUCUAUUGAAGAUUCAGUAAAAGCAAUGUAUCUUCAUCUUGAGCAAGAUGAUAUACAACUAAUUAAUAAUUAUAAAUUCGCUUAG